AUGCAGAUCUACGUGAUGGAAACGCGAGCACGCUGGACCAUCGCUCUCGAGGUUGACAGCUUGGAUACCAUUGACGAGGUGAAGUCCAAGAUCCAGGUUAAGGAAGGGUUUCCCAAGGUCCAGCAAUGCCUCAUAUUUGACAACAAGCAGCUGGACGACGGCAAGUUUACCUUGGCAGAUCAUAACAUCUGGAGAGAGUCCACCAUUCUCCUUGUCCUCCUCCAGCCAUCUCCGACGAGAGGUACGACAAUGCGCAUAUGUGUGAGGACGAUGGAUGGAAAAGAAAUCCCUCUCGACGUCGAGAGCUCGGAUACCGUCGAUGAUGUCAAGAUGAAGAUCUACGAGAAGGAUGGCACUCGUCCGGUACAGCAACGCCUCAUCCAUGAGGGCAUUCGGCUGUUGGACGAUUACACCCUGGCAGACUAUGAAAUUGAGAAGGGUGACAUCCGAUCCUCUAUUUGA